AUGCUUAAUAACAAUGCCAAGAAAAUACAACUAUUAAAAAAAAUUUUAUAUAGAGAAAAUAUUAAAAAUAAACAAAAGAAUAAUUUCAGAAGGGUUUUCAAAGAUUAUAUAAACAAUGAAAAGAUAACCUUUCUAUAUAAUAAAAAUAUAUUUAUUCAAAUUAUAGAAUUUAACAACAAACAAAAAUCACUAUAUUUAAAUUCUGAUGUUUUAAAAAAUAAUAAAAAUGGAAAUGAUCAACUGAUCAUUAAGGAGGAGAAUUUAAACUGCUUUGUUUGUGACAAGGAAAAUAAGCAUUUAGGGGGAAAAAAAAAUAAGAUAAAUAAGUUUAAUAUUAAAAAUGUGUAUCCUGAUAAUAAUAAAAAUAUAUAUGAUGAUGCUAAUAUUUAUAAUCAUAAUCAGCAUGAUAUUUCCAUUGACACACCUUAUAAGAAUUCACAUACACAUGAAUGUAUCAAAAUAAAGAAUUAUGUUAUUAACAAACAAAUAAUAGAUAAAAAAAUUAAGGAACAAAAUGGAAAUAACACAUGUUAUAAUCGUCCAUGUGAUAAUAUGAAACCUUCUACAUAUUGUAUAGAAGAGAAUAAUUCUUUAAAUUUAAAUCCAGUGAUGAUAAAAAAAAAAAAAAAAAAUGUCGAAAUUGUUGACAAAUAUAUCAAUAAAUGGGAAAAACAUGAAAAUAAAAAAAACAAGUUAAUUAUUAAAUACGAAAUAAAAAAUAUAGCAGAUAUAAUUAAUAUUUUAAAUAAAUGUAAAGAAUAUAAUUAUGUAAAUAAUAAUCUCUAUGAUGAUAUUAUAAAUAACAUAAUAAAUACAAAAGAUAAUUAUUAUAUGUCAUUAAAAAAUUUAUUACUUAUAUCAAACAGUUUUAUUAAAUUAAAUUAUUUUAAUGAGACAUUCUAUAAUUAUAUAUUUAUUCAUAUCUUAAAAUUAUGUGUAAUAUCUACACAGGAUUUAAUAUCCAUAUUAUAUAUAAUGUCAAAUAUAAAAAAAUUAAAUAUGUAUAAUUAUAUUUUUUUAUAUAAAAUGAAUUUUAUGUUUCUACACCGCUUAUAUUCUUUAUCAAUAUACCAAUUAUACAAAGUAUUAAGUUGCUACCUAAAAAUAUACAAAACUAUAGAUAAAUUAAAAAAAAGAAAAAAUGAAGACUCUUCAAAUAAUAAUACAAUUCACAAUAAGGAGAAAAAAUAUUUAAGUGAUAAUAAAGAGCAUGUCUUAAAAAAAUACAAUAAAAUAAAUUCACAACAAUUUCAUAUAUUUUAUAAAAUCAAUUUUGAACAAAUAGUCAAAAAUGAAAAGAAUCAUAACAUUAAAAUAAAUAAUGAAUCCAUUGAUUUGGUAUUUUGCCUAAUUGAACGUUUGACAGAUAAAAAAAUAAAAAUUAAUCAUUUUGAUACAUUACUUGAUAUAUCUGACCCACUAAACGAUUUGUUUUUUUCAUAUUUCAAGAAUAAAAUAGCUUCCUUCUUCCUAAAAAAAGUGCAUAGUGAGUAUAUCACAUUUAAUAAGGAACAACGAAAAUUUUUAUAUAAAAAAAGGGAUGCAAUUGUACAAAUGUAUAAAAAAGAACAAUUAAAAAAAAAAAAUGACAUAUCAAAAUGUGGUGUGUCAAUAGGUGAUAUAUCAAAAGGUGGUGUGUCAAUAAAUGAUAUAUCAAAAGGUGGUAUGUCAAUAAAUGAUAUAUCAAAAGGUGGUGUGUCAAUAAAUGAUAUAUCCUUUAAACAACAAAAAAAUAAUUAUAUUAAUAUUACAAAUAACCAGGGGUGCAUAAAAAAUUCAGAAAAAAUAUUACUAAAAAUUAUAUGCAAAAUGAAAAGGAAAAUUAAAUCAAGGAUAUUUAUACCAUUUAUUAAAAUAUACGAAGAGAAAAAUUUGAACAAAAUUAAAAAUAAAAGUAAAGAUAUUAUAAAAGAAAGAGACACAAAUAAGUUAUUAUAUAGCUUUUUUUGCAAUUCAUACAAAAAUAUGAAUUUAACAUUUGAUCCAAAAAGUUUAUUAAUAACAUUAAGUUGUUUUUCAAAAAAAAGACAACUAUUAUUUAAUGAUGUUAUAUAUAUGUUAACUUAUUUAAUCGAAAAGAAAAUUAAUUAUUAUAAUCAUGAACAAAUUAUUGAUUUAAUGAACAGUUAUAGUAAUAUGAAAAAUGAAAAAAUAUCAAAUAACAUUUUCAAUUUUUUAGCUAGAUUUCUAUUUAAUAACAAUAAAAUUAUAUAUUUAAAUGAUACACAUAUUCAUAUAUUAUUAAAUAUAUUAAUAAAAAAGAAAUGUUUCAUAAAUCAAGAUGUUAUAAAAUAUAUAUCCAAUUUUGUAAUGUAUCACAAACCAUAUUAUAAAAAUUUAAAAAAUGCAUCACUUUAUUUAUUUUUCCACUAUCAUUUUAAUUCUUUAAAUGAAAAUUUUUUAAAUAAUAUAUUUUGUACUCUUCAUAUUAAAAAUAUGAUAACAUUAUAUCAAUGCAAUCAAGUUUUAUCAUCUACUUUAGUUAUUGGAUCUAAUAAAUUGAAAUAUCAAAAGAGGGUGUAUAACAUUCUUGAUACAUCUAUAUUAAAUCAUUUAAAGGAAAUAUAUUCCAAUAAACAUGUUAAUAUUUCUUUAAAUGAUGUGAAAAAUAUUGUAGAUUUUGUAUUUUACUUUAAUAAUUCUAUAACUGGUAAUGUUUUAAAAGCAGAGUAUCAAAAUAUAAAAGUUAGUAAUGAUGAAAAAAAAAAAAAUAAUAAAAUAAAAAAUCAUAUAAUACAAAUGAAGGAAAAAAUAUAUAAUAAUAAUAAUGAUGAUUAUGAUAAUAUUUCUGAUUAUAAUUAUGAUAUGAGUAUAUAUACUCCAUUUAUAUCACCAAAAAAAUCCUCUAAUAAAAAAAAACCUAUUUAUUUCUAUUCAUUUAAUUCUUUUGACAAAAUAUAUUUAAUGAACUUUUCUUUUAAUAUAAGAAUAUUUAUUUUGAUUAAACAGAUUGUAGAAUAUUUAUUAAAAGAAACAUAUUAUUUUAAUAAUAAUAAUAAUAAUACGUUUAUCAUUCUUAUGGUUAAGUUAUUAUGUAAUGUAUAUGAAAUAGUAAAAAAGAUCAAUUCAUUGAACAAUAACUAUACUUACUUAUAUAUCAACAAUAAAUCAAAUGUGAAAAAAAAUAAAAUAAUAAACAACUAUUUUUUAAGAACAUUAAAUAAUAUGAACAAUAAUAUUUUGUUUUUUGUAAGUAAAGGAAAUGAACGUAUCAUAUUUUUAUCUAAUUUUUAUAUGAUAAAAAAUAGGUACUUUUUUGAACAUAUAAAUUAUCAUAAAAUUAUACGUACAUAUAUAGAAUACCAAAUAGACAAAGUAAGAAAUAAUGAUACCGAUAUUUCUAGUAUUCUUAUUUUAUUUGAUUUUUUAAGUUCCUAUAAAAUUGAUGAAAUUAUGUUAUUAGCACCGUGCAUAAAAAUGAAAGGACAAAAUGAAUCUUCUCAUUUGGAUGAAAAAAGAGAUUUAGAAGAAAUGCAUAUGAAUUUAAUGACAAACUUUUUAUAUAUCCAAAAAUUGAGAGGUCGAGAGGAAAAGAUGAAAAACGAAAUCACAUCAAUUAUGUACAAUGAAAAGAAGAAGAAAAAAAAAUCGAGCAUAAAAAAUGUCAUGAAAAUUUUUUUUGUAACUUUACAAUUGAGAAAGUUCGAAUAUAUAUCAAACAUGUUUAAAAAUAAAUAUGAAAAACUAUAUAUGUCAAAAGUACUUUUUAAUAAUAUUGAGAAAAGGAUGAUAAAAAGGAAAAUUGAGAAUAUGGAUGCAAAGCUAAAAUUAAAUAAUAGUUUCAGACAUAUAAAUAAAUAUAAUAAAUAUGUAAUGAAUAAAUUUUGUAAAAAAUGGAAGAAGAGAAAAAAAUAUUUAAUACUUAAAUGUACACAUAUAUCACAAUAUAUAGAUACAAAUAAUUUAAUAGAUCUAUUGUAUUACACAUUAACAUUAACUAUUAGACAUUAUAUGAAUAAGAUCUGUUCACAAAAUAAUAGAAUAAAAAAUAUAAAUUCUUUUAUAAUAUAUGAAAAAUUUAUUAUAUUCAUAUUAAAUAAAAUGGUAUUAUUAAAAAAGCCACAAAUUAUGAAUAUAAAUUAUUAUCUAUAUUAUAAAAUGAAUUUAUGUAUUUAUACAUUAAAAUAUCUACAUGUAAAGUUAUAUAAAAGUUAUAAAUAUAUAUUAAUGUAUUGGAAAUUUGUUAUACUGAGAAUAUUACAACGUAAUAAGACAUUUAAAAAUUAUAUGGACUCUAUACAUUUUAAUAAUAAUAAUAAUAAUAGAACAAGUAAUAAUGCUAUUCAAAAUAUAGAAAAAAAUGAAAUAAAUAAAUUUAAUUCUACAUAUAUGUAUUUAUUAAAUUAUCCAAGUAUAUCUCAAACAAGUUAUAAAUAUAAAUUACAAAAUGAUACGAAUAAAAAUAUAUUACAAAAUAAUUUACAUUAUAAAAAUACCCAGUUUUAUAAAAAUAUUGUUCAUCAUAAUUUAUAUCAACAAUUUAGUUACUUACAAAAUGCUUCUCAUAAACUUUAUAUGUAUUUUAUUUAUUUUCAAAAAAAAUUAAAGGGUAGGAAUAUACCAAUAAUUUUUAAUGGGAAGUACAUAAAGAAAGAAACAAAAAGAAGAAAAAAAAGUAGAAUUAAAAGAAUGAAUUUAAUUAAUAGUAUUAAAUUAAAUAAAACGUCAUUUUUAUAUAAUGAUGCAAAUCAUAAAGAAACAAAAAAAAAUAAAAACAAAAGUAUAUUAUUAAAAAAUAACAUUGAAAUUCUUGCGAUGAAAAAAAUAUAUAUAUUAGAUAAUCAUUUAAUUCAAGUACAUAUAAAAAAUAAAAGUAAAUCAACAAAUAUAAAUAUGAAUACCAAUGAAAAUAAUAUUUAUGUAUUUUAUAUAUAUUCUUCUAAUAACAUAAAUGAACCUAUACCAAACCAUACACAUUCUAAAAAGGAAGGAAUACAAAAAUGUAAUUAUAAUUAUAUAAAAGAGUUACUAAGACAACACAAAAAAAAUGACAAGGGCAAUUAUUUCUUAGAACAAAAAAGAGAGGGAUCUAUUAUAUACAUGAAACGAGAUACUCUUUUAAACUUGUACAUAAUACAACAUGAAUUACAUAAGCAAUUGAUGAGCCCGUUUCAUUUGAUUCCUGUGUGCUCAGAAGAGUUGAAUAAAAUUAAGAACAGGAAGAACCUCUAUGUAUAUUUAACAAAAUUAUUUGUUUGA